UAGAAUUUCCUCUUUUGGAUUGAAAAUUAAAUCGGUCACACUAUCUGCUUUGUAACUAUUUUGAAAACCUAUUAUGGAAAUAUCGGGUAACAUCUACCUAACCUAAUUACAAUGCUCGGAGCAGUUGGAAGAUUCUGAAGACUUGGAUUGAUUUGAUUUGACUUGGCUAUAAAUACUGGCAAGUUUCAUUUGUGAAUUUAAAAAAGUCAUUACUUCUACUUUCUCCUCAAUCAAUGGGUGUGAGCUACAGUGGGCCUAGGAUUAUUAAGUAUCUGAAGAUGAUUUUUGACAAUGUCCAAUCUGCAAACAGUUCUUGAAUCUUUGGACUUGCUUUUGUCAACUUAGAAGAAAUGGAAGAAGUCAAUGCUGGGGCUGCCAAGGUUGUUAAACCUCCAGUUCAAGAGAAGAGACAGGAGGGAGAUAUUGAUAUCGACAAUUCUAAACAUGUAUUAAUGAAUAUCGCAACUCUCUACUCGGAGCGUUUUUUGAGUGACGUGUGCUUAGUUGUUGGUGGCGUUGAGUAUCCAGCUCACAGAUUGAUUCUCUGUGCGUCAAGUGACGUUUUCCAGAUAAUGCUAAAUAGUCCGAUGUGGUGCGAGUCAAAUAAGAAAAGAAUUGAAUUGACAGAAUCUGCAGAGUGUGAACCGAUCUUUGGACAAUUUCUUGAAUAUUUCUACACGGGCCAAAUACGGAUAAACCACAACUGUAUCAUGCCUCUUCUCACACUUGGGGAUAAAUAUAAUGUUAAGGAUCUGGUCUUCCUGUGUGUCAAAUACAUGUGUGAGCAUAUCCCUCAUGCCGCAGUGCACAAUCAACUCGUCACCUGGUUCCAGUACACUCUCUCCUUGGCCCAUUACAAGGCAGCGCAGGCCUGUGAAAAUUUUGUGAAGUGGAAUUUCCAAUAUGUUGCAUCAACUUCAGAUUUUGGCAACUUAACCCCUGAAUUUUUUACAAGACUGCUGAAGCAAAGUGACAUUGUUGUCAAAAACGAGUUUACCGUCUAUGAGUGUGUGGUGUGUUGGCUAGAUGCACAACAGAGAGUGUUGGAAACCAAUAAGGAUUCAGAUGUUGAAUCCAAAAUGAAAGCACUCGUACAUCAGGUGAUGUCGUAUGUUCGGUUUCCAAUGAUGACGCCUCGGCAGCUUGCCGAACUCCUCCUCUCACCGCUUAUAAAAAGGCAUAAGGAGUUUUUCAUUGAAAAGAUGGCUAUUGGAAUGUCCUACCACAAUGAUCAGAUAGACAGGGUACGGGAGGUUGCCCAGACUUUUGAUGGCAAAUUAAUGUUCACUCCGAGGCUAUACACGAAUGAGAAAUGGUGCACAUCUAUGCUGCUGGAAAACUACCCUCAAGUGCAACCUUACCACAUCAGAACAUUAGUGUUGUCCAGCCACGCUCUGUAUGCUGAACAUGGCGGAGAGAAGACUUGCGACUGGAUCGUAGAUGUCUACCCUAAAGGAGUGUGGUUCAGAAAGUUCUUUCUGAUUGUUUGGCAAGGCACGGUGGAAGUGCCAGAAAGUGUCUUAAGAACGGUACGAGUGUCAGUGACCUGUAAAGAUCCCCCAGGAGACGGGCUGCCUCUCCGAGUGAAAAUAGGCCUUCUAGUCUGGGGCAUCCAAGACGGUGUCGAACAUGUUAUGAGUGUCAUCACUCGUAACCAUAUUUUCAACGAGGAGGAAAAGGUGCUUAAUCUGGACGACAUCAUUUCCUUCGACGAAUUGAAUAACACCGUAGGAACUGUAAACGGUGAGCCAAGGAAGUCUCCUUUCUUGGUGGGUGAAAAAAGAGACGUUCUUAAAAUUCAAAUCGUGAUUGCACCCCUGACGGAAGAGUGUUGUGUGGACAACGAGGUUGUCACUCUUGAAGCCUUCAUGAAAGAUUGUGUAGAGCCAAUGAUGGUGAAUGAUGGUUAAUACCAGUUCCUAAUGAACAUAGAACUAGUUCAGUGAUCAGAUAACAUCUGAAUGUGCACGAUCAAAGUACCUGUGAAGCUUUCAAGUGAGAUUGUAAAUUAUUUAUUAUGGUCAAAACCAAUUAAUUAUCGUUAUAGACUAAAAGACUGUUAAGAGUGUUAAUGUGAAUACUUGAAAGAGUGUGAAUGUGAUAUUUAGUUACCUUUGAAGCCUUUAUGCAAAAUUGUGAAGAGCAAAUGAGAUAAUAACUCAAUACUGAAGUAGCUGGAAUUCUUAACAUUCUGGUUGAUUGUUGGUCAUUGUUUUUAUGUCAUAACAAAGCUAUGCUUACAUUAUUUACAUUAUUUAGAUCAUUCUACAUUAUUUUAUAGUCCUAUCCUAUAUCUUUUUUUACCAGCCAUUUAUAUAUGUCAUUCUCCAAGUGCCAAUUUAUAUUUUUUUUUAUUUUGCUACCCUGUAUGUGACAGAAGUGGUUGAUUUAAGUAUUUUUUAUUGAAAAAGAUUUUUGGUUAGUCAUUGCAAAAAUCUAAAAGUGUUAUGUAGAUUAGACUUAAGUUGUUGUUUCUAUGGUUGUGUACAGUUUUGUUACAAGAGAAAAGUCAUUUGUAAUGUCUAUAUUUCAAGAAUGAAAUGUACUGUAAUAAGACUGAUUCCUUUGUACUCAGAGUCAAUAUGUGCAAAGAUUUUUUAUAUAAAGAAUAAAACCUUGUUAAACCGA